CUCAUUCAUACGCAAACGUAAUGCUUAGUAAUGGCUGCACGAUGCUUAUGACUUCAAAAUUUAAGUAUUUUUAGCAUAUUUGUAGGUUUUAACCAAUCAAUGUCUGCUUCGGGUUUUACGCGGUGCACGCCUACGGUCGUACGAUCUUAUGUCAAACUUGUAAGAAGAAACAGUGAUCGGGUCAGUUGUCCUACUAGACCAUGCUGAUGCCAAUUUAAAGCCCCGAUUUCUGUGUAUGGAUAAACUUCAGUACGGUACGAAGGUCGACUGGAAGCCUGAAAUACCCGCAGUGAAAGCCGGGGGCAGAUAAGGUGGUGGUAGUUAUCGGGUCACACACAGCCAGGGCAGUAAACAGACGCACUAUGAGCAUUGACUGUACGAGAUCUAUUACUAUGGAGGCUUGGAUUGCUUGAAAAACACGGAGGACUUCCAGGAUUUCUGCAAUGGGGACUCAGAGAAACGGAUUUAAAAAGGAAAGUUUUAUUCUGUCCGUGGAUGUGGGCACAACCUCCAUCAGAUGUCACGUUUACGACAAGGAGGCGAAAAUCAGAGGAUCCUGCUCCACUAAGGUGGUUCUUCGGUAUCCAGAGGAGGGACAUGUGGAGAUCGAGCCCGAAGCUCUGUGGAAAGGAUUUAACACUGUGGUCAGAGGAGCCGUUCAAGAUGCAGGAAUCCAAAUGCGUCAGAUCGAGGCCUUGGGGAUCUCCACUCAAAGAGCCACGUUCACCACAUGGGACAGGAAGACGGGGGAUCCCUUCCAUAACUUCAUCACGUGGCAGGAUCGCAGAGCUGCAGAGCUGGUCAAGUCCUGGAACAGGUCCUGCACCAUGAAAGCCAUCCACGGUGUGAUGAAGGCCCUGUACUUUCUGACCCGACAGAAGAGGUGCCUGGCUGCCAGUUUGAUCGUUUUCUCCACUCAGCACGUCAGCAUGAGGCUCCUGUGGGUCCUCCAACACUACAAACAGAUCCGACAGGCUGCCUCUGAAGGGAACUGUUGCUUUGGGACAAUAGACACCUGGCUGCUGUUCAAACUUACUAAAGGUCGUGUUCAUGCCACAGACUUUUCCAACGCCAGUUCCACAGGGAUCUUUGACUCCUACCAGAUGUGCUGGAGUGAGUUUCUGUGCUCGGUGUUGUCUCUGCCUCUGUCCAUUUUACCCACUGUUGUGAACACAGAUCAUGACUUUGGAGGCACUGACAUGUCCAUCUUCGGAGAGUCCAUCCCCAUCAGAUCACUGGUGGCGGAUCAGCAGGCGGCCAUGUUUGGAGAGUGCUGUUUCGACGUGGGGGACGUGAAGAUCACCAUGGGAACGGGGACCUUCAUGGACAUCAACACAGGCUGUAAACCGCACACUUCUUUCGCAGGUCUCUAUCCUCUGGUGGGGUGGAAGAUGGGAGCUGAGGUGGUGUAUCUGGCCGAGGGAAACGCAGCAGACACCGGCACUGCCAUCAAAUGGGCCCAAGAGCUGGACUUGUUUGAGGAUGUGAAGGAGACGAGUGCUUUGGCGUACAGUGUGUCUGACUCAGAUGGGGUGUGCUUUGUGCCUUCGUUCAGUGGACUGCAGGCUCCUCUGAAUGACCCUAAAGCCUGUGCCUCCUUCAUGGGACUCAAACCCUCCACCACCAAAUUUCAUCUGGUCCGCGCCAUUUUAGAGUCCAUAGUUUUCAGAAACAAACAGUUGUAUGAGACAAUGCUGAGAGAAACCCGAAUCCCAAUCACAAAGAUCAGGGUGGACGGUGGAGUUUCCUCGAACGACUUUGUGAUGCAGCUGAUGGCAGAUCUGUUCGGCCGUAAACUGGCGCGUCCGGAGCACUGUGAGAUGUCGUGUCUCGGGGCGGCGUACGUGGCUGGACUCUCAGUUGGUUUUUGGAAGAGUAAAGAGGAGUUGAAGAAGCUACAGAGCACGGAUAAGAUGUUUUUGCCUCAGGGACCUUCUAAAGAGCAGGAAUACUGCAGCCUGCUCCACAGCUGGGAGAGGGCACUAAGAAGAUCUAUGGACUGGUACAAGACUUGAUCGAGGCGUAUAAGACCACAUAGGACCAACCCAAACCAGUAAUGUGAAAAAAUAUGCACUAGUAGUCAACUGAUCACUGGAACACCGAGCAGUGGGUGGGACACAGGUUUAAAGGGUUUGUAUGUGGGUAUUUAAAGGGCCCAUAUUACGCCAUUUUCUGAUUGUCGUUUCCUCAUCAAAAACAGACCUGGAGUUGUGUUUUGUUUCAUUCACACAUGUUUUACACACAAAUCCAAGCAUAAUUCUGAGUUCUGUGGUAAGACAGGAAGUGCUCCACUGUGUUUUUAAGCUCCAUACACCUUCACUAGAAUCAUAUGGAUCAUUUCAUCUCUGAAAUUGUUAGUUAAAAAAUCACUGUAUCAUUGUAUCGGAAAUAAUUUGCGUUAAGACAUGCGUUUCCAUGUCCGCAAGCCUUUCCUAUCCACACAGCUUUGUUUACAUUUUACAGAAAUGAAACUUUAAACCACAUGGCUCAUUUUCAUAAACUAAGCACUCAAAAAACAGCUCACUAUUGUGCGCUGAUGCGGUUCAGCUUCUGUUGGACUAAAGUACAUGACUCAGUGGAAUAUGAGUGUUCUUUCUGUGACAGAGGGGUGUUCUGCUGAUGGUGAGUCUGUUCUGUGUUUCUGUCUCGUUGGAGAUGGUUCAUGUUAAACUUUUCAGAAAUUAUACGUCUGCAGGUCGUACACGUAGACCGUAUAGAUGAAUGGACAUAUAUUCUAGCCUCUUAGUAUUUUGGCGGUGAAUUACUUUGCGGCGCAUAGACCUACUUGAGAGUAUCAGUGUUUGGCGGGACCAGAUCGUUCCAUCUCUGGAGCCGUUUUCCAUCGGAUUAGUGUGAACGAACACCGUAUCCACAACGAAAAUGACUCGAAUACGUACUAGUGUGGAUUGGGUCUAAGAUGUCCUGACAUCACAAGGUGGAAUAGAACAUUCUGAGCUCUGGAGAUACAGACUAAUAGUACAGGAUUAGUCAAACAUGAGUGAAUGAAACAAAACACAAGUCCAGGUCUGUUUUUGAGGAGGUAAAAGCAUUAUAACAUGUCUUAAAGCUCACAAGAGUCAAUUUUGUGUAAUAUUGGACCUUUUAAAGCAGAACUAAGCAACUUUCAGCUAUAAAGUUUCUCCUGCAGCAUGAUUCAGAUUUAUAUAAUGUAAUGAUGGCUGUGAUGAAUUAUAGAGAAAACAUGUUUAAAGGGAUAAUGGUUUUAGUAAAUAGAAAGUUGGAAAAUAAAUGGUAUAACUGUUAUUAGUAAAAGUUAGCAAAAAGAAAACUGGCAUAUGCUUGGAAGUAUCUGAAACAUUUCAAAGUACAUUUUAUACAUCAGAUCAAAUACUGCCAUGUUCUCUCUUGUGCCUCUCAUGUGUCUCUGUGCUUUCUUGAAGGGGUUCAGGGGACGUAAUAACAAUAUAAUUAGUAACAGAGCAAGUUCUAGGGUUUAGACACAAAUAGAAACAUUUGUGAAUCUUCGCUGUAUUUAAUAUUUUCAUAUUAAAGUACAACGUAAUCCCCCCACUGUGAGUAUAACAUCGUCACACUGUCAAGUCGAAUUGUUAGUCGAAUUGUUAUAUUGUAUUAUAUCUAAAUUUCUCUCUUCAGUCCAUUAGUAAAAUUCAAGUCUCGUGCCUUAUCUUAUUCUAAAUGUACAUUACUGUGCAUGACUAACCCAAUAUAAUCUAAUGUAGCACUUUUACUAAACAUUUCUAACAAAGAUCUAGAAUCUAAUAAUUUCAUUUUUAACUUUAACUUAAUAGUAUAAUUAUAAACUGUAUAACUGAGUGUCAAAAAAGACGCAUAAUAGAUAAAACGUAUUAUUAUAAUUUAAUAUUAAUGAAAAAUUACACAUGCAUUAUAAAUCUGUAUAUUAUCUGUAGGAAUAUACAGGAAAACUGUAGGAAAACUAAAAUCUGUAGUCUGUAGGAAAACUAAAACUAAAAACAAAACUAAUACUAUUUUUUGCUUUGGGGGGGGUUCUACAUUUAUAUAUUUGUAUUCAUAGGAGUAUAUCCAUGUAUCUUAAUCCUACUUUCUUCUUAAUGUUCCUAGUCAAACAGGAAAGAUAAACUUGCAUUUUUUCAGACCAAGAGUUGUAGCAGUGGUCCAAGCCAUGACACGACCAAAGCUACUCAAAGUGCACUACAUGUUUUUCAGAGCAGGGCAUUUUAGAUACUAGAAUAUAAGUAUACUGUAUGUCCAAACAAAAAACAACAUUUAUAGGAGUAUUUUUAUACAUUUUGUGCCUGAAAUCUCUUUACUUGGAUCUGAUGCCAUGCUGCUCACCAUGUUCACAAAUGAUUAGGAAAAGUAUUUGUAGUUGUAUUACAGCUUUUGUAUUGGUACGAUACAUGUUUGUAUUUGUAUUGUUUCUGAUGGAAUGGAGUUUUUGUAGUAAUGGUCAGAUAUUAUAUGCAGAUACAACCUAUAUUUUAUACAGUUUUAAUACAUGACAACUCUCAGGUGCCUUUUUUUAAAUUAAAGUGGAACUAAACACUACGGUAAAUCCACUUUUUUGCUACUUAAAGGUGCAUUGCGUAACUUUUCUCCUUGUCUCCAUGGAGAUGUACAGCAUUAAACGUAUCCAUUUUGCCUUUGCUCAAUAACAUGGGUUUUUAUUGAGUUAAAAACCUGUAUUCUUACUGUGAAUGGGCUUGCCUCUCCACAGAUCUGACAUCUAACAUGCCCCUGUGGCAUCAUCUGCUGUGCUGUCUCUUUAUAAAUAAAUAAGUGUAAUGCUGUACUGUGGAACAUUCCAGGCAACAUCAGAAGCAACUUUUCCAGUGGAGGGUGCUUAACCUACUCGUCUCUAUGGCGAUGUCAUUGGUUUGCCUGGAAUGUUCCAUGGUAUGACUUUAAACACAUCUAUCUAGCAUUUAUUCAUUACGGGUGUUUCUAUUGCUCAAAAAUACAGUAAUUUUCUCUCUGAAUAAGGUUGCCUCUCCACAGAUCUGAACUGUAAUGUAGCCUAUAGACCUAUCUAAACAAAACAAUAACAUUUCCCUGAAGACAAGCAGGUACUGACCCUCCAGUAGAAAAGUUACACAAUGCGCCUUUAACUGUGAAUAACAUGUUUUAAUAGCAUCAUCAACUGUUCCUAGUAAACAUUUUAAUGCAAAGUAGGUGAAUAUGCAGCUUUCUGGUCAAAAACUGUCAAAAAUCUGUUUGUGUGUGUGUGUGUGCUGCCUUCAGUGGCCUCUGCAAUUUCAAGUACUAUGUGACAUCACACAGAACUGCCGUGUUUAAAGCCAGGUGUUUCAGGUUACAGACACCUGCAGGGGGCAGAGUUUGAAGCGUGGACACCUGUUUGACCAAUCACAGUGUUCCUUAUACCUCCAGGCCCCGCCCCUCCUCCUCCUGUUUCACUCUCGUCUUCAGUGCUCUGGGCUCUGCCCGGUUGAGCAGCUCUGUUUGAAAUGUGCUUAUGGGUGGAGUUUGUGUUUAGUCCCACUUUAACACCGUUUUCUACAACUGUUUUAGCGUUACUCCUCACGGGGGCGCUAUAGUCUGGUUUCACAGCUUUACAAAACUGAAGAAUUUACCAUAGCAACCACAUGGCGCAUGCUAAUGUGGAGCCAUAAUUGAUUCACACUUGUUCUGUAGAUGAGAAAUAACAGCACAGAGAGUCUGAAGGGACCAAACACUCCACUCCAACUGACAAAUGAUUAACACGGAUUAGCCUAUGUCUCUGUUUAAUGUGAAAUACAAGAGAAAUGUUACAGCUGAAUAUUUGUGGAGAUUCAAACAGUGUUUUCUAAUGAGACUGGAAAGUCAAAAUAAUGAUAUGUAAUAAAAAAAAAACUAAACAGAGA